AUGCUAGUCGAGUCCCCCUACCCCCCGAUUGACGUCCCGAACGUCGACAUCUGGAGCAUCCUCUUCGAAAACCAAAAUCGCCCUUACCCGGACGACAAACCCAUCUACAUUGAUGCCAAUACCUCCCGAACCUAUACCUACGCCCAAGUGAGAAGCACAGCUAUAGACUUUGGUAAAGGCUUGAGAUCAGCCUGGGAAUGGCGGAAAGGCGACGUCCUCGCGCUGUUCACACCCAAUUGCAUUGAUACGCCUGCGGUGACAUGGGGCACCCACUGGGCGGGAGGAGUAGUCUCGCCUGCCAACCCAGGAUACACCACCGAUGAGUUGGCAUUUCAAUUGAAGGAUGCUGGCGCGAAAGCAUUGAUCACGCAAAAGGCGCUACUGAAAGUGGCCACAGAGGCCGCGCAAAGAGCUGGGAUACCAAAAGAUCGAAUCAUUUUGAUAGGAGAUGAUCGAGAUGCCUCAGCAGAGUUCAAGCACUUCUCUUCAAUACGGAAUGUCGCUGGCACCUCAAGAUAUCGCCGGGCGAAGGUUGACUCUCAGAAAGACCUGGCCUUUUUGGUGUAUUCGUCCGGUACUACAGGGAGGCCGAAAGGUGUCAUGCUUACGCAUGAGAACAUCGUAGCAAAUAUACUCCAAUUAAGCGUGGGUGAAGGUGCGAAUCUGUCGUGGAAGGGAGGAUUAGAGGGGCAAGGAGACAGGAUUCUAGGGUUUCUACCAUUCUUCCAUAUUUACGGUCUCAACUGCCUCGUUCACCAAUGUCUCUACAGUGGCUGGACCCUUGUAGUAAUGCCUAAGUUCGAGAUUGAAAAAUUCUGCUACAAUAUCCAGCACUACAAGAUCACCUAUGCAUACGUUGUCCCACCAAUUGUGCUGCUUCUGGGGAAGCAUCCUGUGAUUGACAAGUAUGAUCUCAGUAGUCUCCGCAUGAUGAACUCCGGUGCUGCUCCCCUCACGGAAGAUCUUGUCCAAGCUGUCUACAGGCGCAUCAAAGUACCCAUAAAACAAGGCUAUGGUCUAAGUGAGACGAGUCCGACUACGCAUACGCAGCCUUGGGAGACCUGGAACACAAGUAUCGGGUCAGUAGGAACUAUGCUACCAAAUCAGACUGCUAAGUUCAUGUCACCAGAGGAGACAGAGGUGCCUAUUGGAGAGACAGGAGAGCUCUGGAUUCGUGGGCCCAACAUCUUCAUAGGCUAUCAUAACAACGCGGAAGCCACUGCCAAUGCCCUAACACCUGACAAGUACUUCAAGACUGGCGACGUUGGGUACUUGGACAAAGACGGCAAUUUCUUUAUUACUGAUCGCGUAAAGGAACUUAUCAAAUACAAAGGCUCUCAAGUUGCACCAGCGGAGCUUGAGGGCAUAUUACUGGGUCAUCCAAAGAUUACAGAUGCAGCAGUGAUUGGCAUUGAAGACAAGGCUCAAGCAACAGAACUGCCAAGGGCAUAUAUAGUGCUGAAGACAGACGUCGAAAAGCGCCAAGGGACAGCAGAUGAGAUUGCGACUUGGUUGCAGGAGAAGGUCGCCAAUCAUAAGCGUUUACGCGGAGGUAUACGCUUUGUCAAUGAAGUCCCUAAAAGCGCAAGUGGCAAGAUUUUGAGGAGGCUUCUCAAAGUGAAAGCUGCUGAGGAACAGAAGGAAGUAACGCCGCCAAAGCCGAAAUUAUAA